AUGCAGAUCAUUGCAAUCUCCGAAAUCCCAACAACACAGGCCAGCCAUAUUAUUCGCAAGGGCGGCACAAUGCGCCAGGCGUUGCUCUCCGCAAGCGAACCCGAUGGGCUGAACUUUCGUUUCAUCCGAAGCCAAUAUCAAAGCGGAGACGCAGCUUUCGAGUCACCAAGGCAUCAUCAUGCGUUUCAACAGGUUCGUUUCACCGAGUCUGGAAUAGUUAACUAUGCGCCUGGUCGCUAUAUCCCCGAGGGUGACCUUGCAUAUUUCCCCCGUGGUGCUUUUUACGGCCCCCAGCGCAAGGACCAAGGGGUGGGCCUCUUGCUUCAAUUCGGAUUCCAUGGAGAGCACCAGACUGGUCCAGAAUGGGCACGACACCGUGAAACGGCCCUCAAGAAUCUUAAUUCUAAGGGUCGUCUUGAAGGCGGCAUCUACUAUGAGAAGGACGCAGUCACUGGCCAGGAGACGAUGUGUGAUGCCGCCCAGGCGAUUUAUGAGCAACAGUAUCUGGCGCAGACAGGCAGAGAGUUCAGAAUUCCCCCCCGAGGGCUACGAUGA